UGUCUGGUUAUGUAUCCUGGACAUUUCUGGGCUAUACUUUGUUAGAAUCAUCAGUAAGGUGCUGAUCUUUAUUAACUAUUUAAAAAUACUUGUAAUAAGGAUGUAAAUUGAAGGAGUAUGCACCUGCGAUUCAAGAUUAUAAUAAUUUUUUGGCAAAGGCAAUUGCAGGAGGGACUGGUCAGUUUGUUAAAGGGAUCUUCAAAUGCAGCAAUGCUUACACCAACCAGAUCUGGAUUGCAGUUUCCUUGAGAUGAAUCCCUUUACCUUGGUGAAUGGAGAGCCAUACCCAUUGGAUAUGAGGGCAGAGUUGGAUGACACUGCUGCCUUUAAGAACUUUAAGAAGUGGGGUGACAUAGAGUUUCCUCUUCCCUUUGGAAGAGUUCUGAGUCCUACAGAAAGCUUCAUUCACUCAUUGGAUGAAAAGGUAAGUGCAUUACUUUUUAUUUAUGCAUAGUAUGAGAAAUUUUCUAUUUUGAGUAAUCACCAAUUGUUAAGUUGUAGAAAUUUUCUAUUUUGGUUUUGGUUUUUUUUUUUUUUUUUGAAUUUAUUUUUAUAUAGUUAG